AUGUUGUCUUGUGUCCUGAGAUAUCGUAUGCUGCCCCGGAUUCUUUUCCUGGUCUCCUUGCGGAUCACUUCCACACUGAGGUAUUCUCGGCUAAUAGAGCGUUGGACAGGUUCUCACCUCACUCCACAGCUACCAGAGAGCGGCAAUAAAAUGAUUGGUAGAACGCUUCCAAGUGACGUAUUAGAUUCGAGGCUGCUAACGGAUGAUGGAGGUGAGACUACGCUUCGCUCGAUUCUAUCAGACUUGCCCAGCGAUCGCAAAGGCUUGGUUAUGUUUUUAUUCCCUAGCAUAGACACACCGUUUUGCACCGCACAGGCAUGUGCCUUCAGCUCGUCUACCGAAUUAUUCCAGUCCCUUGGGUACCAAGUCUACGGAUUGACGCGAGUGUCAGGACGCUCGACUGCGGAUUGGAUAAAAAGACAUGAACUAAACUUCGCCAUCCUUAUGGAUCCGGAUUGGACCGUCAUUAAAUACUUCAGGUGUACUUGGAUGUAUUUCUUGAUUAAUAGGUCACAUGCGAUCAUUAGGCGUGAUGGCAAGGUUUUGGCGUUGGAACGAGGUGUCCCCGCUCAUCAGUCCGCGUCAAGAGUGCUUGAAAUAAUCAAGGCGUUACCAUCAACUGAUAGAUGA